UCAGUAGGUAUUGAUAGACGAUCUUGUCAUUCGAGUAACACAGAGAAUCAUCAUGUUUAAGAACGUUUUAAUAUUGGCUGUCGUCAUUGGAUGUGCUAUUGCUACUCCUAUACCGGAUGCUAAGGCAACCCCCAAAUCUAAGGCUGCGGCUAAACCUGAGUUGUUGGUCCCACUUGCAGCUCCAUCUGUUGCUUAUACAGCCAAUGUUCCAGCUUCUUUUGCCUACAGCUCAUAUGUUUCUCCAUACGCUGCUACUUACCCUGCAUACUCACCUUAUGAUGCAUAUUCUGCCCCUCUCAUAUAUGUUGUUCUCUUCAUUGCAUUUUUGGGGUGUACAUUAGGAAGCCCGGUACCAGAAGCUGAUGCGAAGGCGCAGCCAAUACCCGCGGCUAAACCUCAUUUUGUGGAGAGUGUGGUUCUUCCAGCUGUAGCCUAUUCCGAUGAUUACACCGGACAUGUGGACUAUAUUCCAUCUUAUUUCGAUACUCAUGUUGAUUCUCACAUAGUAAACCAUCAGUUCUUCAAGUUAAGUACCAACGUUCGAAUCAAAAUGAUGAAAUACUUCGCUCUCUUCUUCAUCAUCGGAUGUGCCCUGGCUAUUCCAGAAGCUAAGCCAGUACCAGAAGCAAAAGCUGAAGCAAAACCUAGUGUUUUUGCACCAAUUGUUUCACCGGCAGUUGCUUAUACUGCAGCGUACUCCGCUCCAUUGGCUUAUAGCGCUUACUCUCCUUAUGUUGCCCCAUAUGCUGCUGCCUACACCGCUUAUUCUCCAUACGCUGCCUAUUCUGCACCCCUUGUUGUUGUUUAGUUUUACAAAUCAAUUUACCUGUGUGAAAUAAAAAAAAAUUCAAUUCUUA